AUGCCCUCUCUCACAGUAGCAGUCGCUCAAUCCCGCACACACGCAUCCCUAAACGAAACCCUCCGCGGCCUCGAACGAACAACAGCCGUCGCCGCCCGCCGUGGUGUCCACCUCCUCCUCUUCCCGGAAGCCUAUCUAGGCGGAUACCCGCGGACAUGCACCUUCGGCUCUGCGGUGGGAAGUCGACACCCGCGCGGCCGGGACCAAUUCCUUGCGUACUUCAAGGCAGCCGUUGAUCUAGGCGAUACGCCGGCUGGGGCCGGCGAUGAGUGGAUUGGUCGUAGGUUGGAGAUUGCGGAGGGCAAGAGGUUCCGGGGGGAUGGGACAAGGGAGUUCCUUGAGCGUGUUGCGAGGGAAACUGGAGUUUUUAUCGUUACUGGGUUGGUGGAGAGAGCUGGAGGUAGUUUGUAUUGUGCUGUUGUUUAUGUUGAUCCUGUUCGAGGUGUUCUAGGGAAGAGGAGGAAGGUUAUGCCGACGGCCGCCGAACGUAUGAUCUGGGCUCAGGGUUCACCCUCAACCCUACGAGCCGUCACAACAACCCUAAAUGGUAUCCCACUAACCAUAGCAUCCGCAAUCUGCUGGGAGAACUACAUGCCCCUUCUACGUCAGAGUCUUUACUCCCAGAAUGUCAAUAUAUAUCUCGCUCCCACAGCUGACGCCCGCUCUACCUGGCUCCCGCUCAUGCGUACCGUCGGCAUAGAAGGCCGCUGCUUCGUGCUCUCGGCGAACCAGUGCGUGCGUGGCUCCGAGCUGCCUGGGUGGAUUACCGGUGGUAAUACCGGUCCAAGCGGAGAUCGAAAAGCAAAUGCAAAUUCUCCUACGAGUAAAUCGCAGCAUCCUGGAAGGAAACUGUCCAUCACUGCUGAGGGUCCGCAUGAGAUUGUCUGGCCGCAGACUCACGGUGAGGCUCAGGGUCAGGGUCAAUCGGAGAAUUCCUCCAUACCGAAUACUAAGCCGUCCCUGGCUCCGUCAGACUCGGUAUUGGAUUAUGUCUGUCGUGGUGGGAGCUGUAUUGUCUCGCCUCUUGGAGAGGUUCUUGCCGGACCGCUGUGGGAAGUCUGCACGGAUGACGUCCCGGAUAGUAGCGAUGCUGCUGUGACUGAUUCCGCGCCUGGCACGUCGGCUGCGGAGUCUAGUCCUGCUGUUGCGGCGGGUGAUGGGUUGGCGAUCGCGCGUAUUGAUAUGGAUGAUUGUGAGCGAGGAAGGCUCGAUCUUGAUGUUGCUGGGAGUUAUUCACGGAGUGAUGCGUUUAAAUUCGAGGUUGAAGGGUUGGAUCUGGCGCCGCCGCCUUUGUAG